AUGCCACUUGCUAGUCGAUCACUUGUUCGUCUGAUCAAUUCAACACUUCGAACGAAUACUCUUAUCGGUUUCCAAUUGAAAUGCUCCGCAUCGACUCAAACGACCGAUUUGAAGGAAGUUUUACGCGAAUUGAUUCCAAAGGAACAAGAACGGGUUGCUGCAUUCAAGAAAGAACAUAACAAUACACCAAUCGGCCAGGUUACAGUUGAUAUGAUUUAUGGCGGCAUGCGUGAUAUUAACGGUCUUGUUUACGAGACAUCAUUACUGGAUGCAAACGAAGGUAUUCGUUUUCGUGGUAAAACAAUUGAAGAAUGUCAAGCUGAAUUGCCGAGAGCUAAAGGUGGCGAAGAACCAUUACCCGAAGGUCUCUUUUGGCUAUUAGCUACAUCACAAAUACCCACACAAGAACAAGUUGAUUGGGUUACACGCGAAUGGAAUAAUCGUGCUGAUAUUCCUCAACAUGUUGUAACAAUGCUAAAUAAUUUCCCAGCACAACUUCAUCCCAUGUCACAAUUUAGUGCUGCUAUUACUGUUCUUAAUCUGAAUUCAAAAUUCGCGAAAGCUUAUUCGGAUAGUGUACCGAAACCUAGAUAUUGGGAGUAUAUUUAUGAAGAUUCAAUGGAUUUAAUUGCUAAAUUACCAACAAUUGCUGCUAUUAUCUAUCGAAAUUUAUAUCGCGAUGGAACUGCUGUUGGUGCUAUUGACCCAAAAAAAGAUUGGUCAUGGAAUUUUUCAACUAUGCUAGGUUAUGAUAAUAAAUACUUCGUUGAUUUACUUCGACUCUAUUUAACAAUUCAUAGUGAUCAUGAAGGUGGCAAUGUUAGCGCACAUACAAGUCAUCUAGUUGGUAGUGCUCUUUCUGAUCCAUAUCUAUCAGUGGCUGCGGCUAUGAAUGGUCUUGCUGGACCUCUUCACGGUCUUGCUAAUCAAGAAGUUUUAAUUUGGAUAACAAAAUUAGUUGAAAAGAUUGGUAAAACUCCAACUGAUGAACAAAUUAAACAAUAUGUUCUUGAUACACUUAAAACAAGUGUUGUACCUGGCUUUGGACAUGCUGUUUUACGUAAAACUGAUCCACGUUAUACAUGUCAACGUGAAUUUGCUCUUAAACAUUUACCAAAUGACAGUAUGUUUAAGAUUGUAUCACAACUCUAUAAAGUUGUACCACCAAUUCUUGGUGAUAUUGGUAAAAUUAGAAAUCCAUGGCCAAAUGUUGACGCCCACUCAGGCGUUCUUCUUCAAUUUUAUGGCAUGAAAGAAAUGAAUUUCUAUACCGUUUUGUUUGGCGUUUCACGUGCUCUUGGUGUUCUUGCGCAAAUGAUCUGGUCACGAGCAUUAGGAUUUCCAUUAGAACGACCUAAAUCAUUCUCAACCGAUGGUCUUAUGGCUUUAAUAGCUGAACGGGAAAAAGCAGCUGCUGAGAAAAAAGCAGCUGCUGAUGAUAAACCAAAAGCUUAA